AUCCCUUAAACAUUGUUAUUUUGAGAUAUUACCAUCUGUAUGCAUAAUAUAUUAUUCAGUCAGGAAUUAGCUCUUAUAACCAUUCAAAGAAUGCUGCUUUAAAGGAGUAGAAUUACAGUCCACUUCACCUGAACAUGAUAAAUAAUGGAUGUAAGCCUAGAGGUAAUACUAAACCUCUCCUGCUUCUACGGUGUAGAGAGACUAGUGGAAGUGUCCGAGCUCCGUUUAUCUCCAGCACUUGAAAAGGUAAAUAAAAGGCAUUUAUCAUCUGUGCAUGAAAGGGACAUGAAUGAUUAUAUUCGAGGAAAUAAGAAUCUGUAUAUAUAAAAUCAUCAAGUUAGAAUUUCCCCUAGACUACUUAUCUGCACCUAAUGGUUUAUAUGUUAUAUCCUGUAUAAAUCUGAUAUAAACUGCACAGAAGAGAUGCGUAGCCUACAGUAAGAUGAUCAAGGGUACAUACCAGAGUCGCUAAUGGAGAACAGCAUCCCGCUCAUUACAAUAAUUGGACCACGAGAAAGAGGAAGGAUCAAGAGCUGAGAAAAUAGCCUACAGAAACACUACGAUGGAUUACAGACAAAAAAGGAAACUGUCUUUUAUCACUAUUGGAUUAACGUUUCUGUUGAGCGGCAUAGAAUAUGCUGUCAUUCUGCCAACUAUAUGGAGAUAUCUGCAGUUGUUAGAGGCGCCACCUUAUUUUCUUGGCUUGGGUUUGUCUGCCUUCAGCUUCAGUGGGUUGGUAACUGGUCCAGUGUUUGGCCAUUGGUCAGACAAGACCAGAACUACAAAGACCAUCAUCCUCUUUUCAAAUGUUUUCGAAAUCGUGGGAAACUUCAUGUACUUCAUGGGAUAUUCAAAAUGGCUUCUGUUGUCCAGUCGUCUUGUUGCAGGCAUUGGAGCUGGAGCUGGAUCCUCCAUCUUUGGGUUCCUCACACGCACUACUCUCCCUGAUGAGCGAGCUAGAGUCUUUGCUGCUGUCAUGGCAUGUCGUCAGGCUGGACUUCUGAUCGGUCCGGCUUUCAAUAUCUUUCUAAGGUUGUGUGAUUUCAAACUGGGUCCAUUCAUAGUUAAUAAAUACACCUCACCUGGGCUCUUCAUGUGUGGGAUGUGGCUGCUCAUGCAGUUUGCCGUCAUGGGUCUGUACUGGGACAUCCCACCCCUGGAUUCCUUUGCUGAGCAGCAGAUGCCCCUCAGAGAGGUCAGAGGUGAAGAAGAUGAGCCCCUCAUGAGUCUGGAGGAUGAUGACAGGACUGCGGUAGCGGACUCGUAUGGCUCGCUCAAUCCAGAACAGACCGAGACCCAACUCUCAUCCCAAAUCCCACCAUCUCCUCCAGAGUCCCCUCCUCCAGACACCUCCGACCCCUUUGAAAACUUCAGUGCCAGUCGAGAGUUUCUGAGGGAGGAGGUAGUGGUUCUUCUCACCGCUCAGUUCAUCACUCUCUUCAAUCAGACAGCACUCGAGACCAUGGUGACCCCGCUGACGCAGAAGUACUUUGGCUUUGGCGAGCUGGGCAACAGUGUGAUGUACAGCCUGUGUGGGGUGGAGGUAAUUGCAGGUUUCUUCCUGGUGCGCUGGCUGAGCCGUGUGCUGGAGGACCGGGUGGUGCUGGCAGUGGGGCUGCUCAUCUGCAGCGGGGCCUGUGUCUGGUGCCUCAUCUUCCUGGCCAAUCCACAGGGUGGUUUGGGGUUUGAGUUGUUCGAGUUUAUCAUCGGAGUGUUCCUGCAGUUACUGGGACUUCCUUUCGUUGCUGUGUCUCAGGUGUCCCUCUUUUCUAAGGUCACAGCUGAAAAAACACAAGGCUUUAGUCAGGGCGUGCGACGGUCAGUUGGGGGUCUCGCCACCAUUCUUGGUCCCCUGUGGGCAGGGGGUCUAAUAGGAAAUUUAUAUGUGAUGUUGGGUAUGAUGAUGCUUCUGCUGACCCUCAUCAUGAUCAUGAUGGUGUUGUCCUAUGAGAAGCUGGUGGAGCCGCCCAGGGUGGAGCACGCACAGGAUUCAGAGAAUGGAGGAUAAACAGCAUCUUUCAUUCAACAGGGAACCAGCACAGAGCAGGAGCCCCUCUUCUCUGCGGUGUGUCUGCCAAAGUUUAGCGCUCGUGUGGGGCUGUGCAGAGCAGAUGCUGGAGCAGUGGGAGAGCAGAGACCCUGCCAGAGCUAGCAGACCGCGAACAGCGAGACAACACACACACGCACACACACACACAAACCAUUUGGAAUAAACAUAGCCUUCAUUCUCAAAUAUUUCGAUUUUUUUUUCCCAUUUUUUUUAUUGUUUUAAUGUUUUAUUGUUACCCCUCAUCAUUUGUGAAUUUAUUGUUAAUUAUAGUGUAUUUACUGAGUGACACUUUUAAUGUAAAUGUCAUAUGAUUGGAGGGUCCCCUGAUACAGUAUGUAUUUUUUAAUAAAUAAACACAUGAUGGCGC